AUCCGAUCCGAUAGUUGAUCCGACCAUCAGACACGAAAUGGACAUGUAUUCCCGCGCUUACCGGUUAAUUUUGUUUCCAUUCCAAUAAAUGAAAUUGUAAAAUAAAACGUUCUGUAAUUAAUUCGUGCGUUAGCAUCAGUCUGUGUCUGUGUCGCUGGAAUGACUCCAAUCUUGAAUUUUAGUAAAUAGAGGAAAUAAUAGUAGCACGUACUUAAAUUAGUUUUGUCAAUGCAUUAUCAAUUUAUUGUUAUUUCAACAAUUUGAUGUUAUAGGAAAGUUAUCAAACUGUGACCGAUGACCUGUUUAACGUCGUCUCGCAUGUGAUUGCGGACGGACAUAGUUGUGUGUGAAUACUGACAAAUUAUCAGUCCUUCGUUGCUACCUAGUGAAAGAACGUGAAGCAAUGGGGCCUUUCUUGCUGGUUUUCAUACUGCAAACACUUGCUUCAGUGCAAUGUUUGUUUCACCGAUACCCGAAGAUAGAACUCAGUCUCCAAGAUGAAGGCGACACCGGAAAACCGUUAUUCCUCACUCCAUACGUCGAGAGCGGGAACGUUAUUGAAGGCAGACAACUCGCUCGUGUCCCCUUCACAGAGAGCCUGAAUAUUAAAAGUUAUGCAGGAUACUUCACCGUCAGUAAGGCUUACAACUCCAACCUGUUCUUCUGGUACUUUCCAGCAAAAGUACCCAAUAACACCAAGGCUCCUGUCGUGGUCUGGUUACAGGGAGGCCCCGGCGCGACAUCCCUGUACGGAUUGUUCACUGAAAAUGGACCUAUUAGAAUAAGAAAUGGCAAAUUUGAGAGAAGGAAAUAUAAUUGGGCUCUUAGCCACAACAUGAUCUACAUAGACAACCCGGUUGGGACAGGAUUCAGUUUUACAAACAGCUCUAAGGGAUAUUGCACAAGUGAAACUCAAGUUGGUGAACAACUUUACUCCUUGUUGACCCAGUUCUUCCAGCUAUUUCCUGAGCUCCAGCAAAGCAAAUUCUUUGUCACUGGUGAAUCUUACGGAGGGAAAUAUGUACCUGCUUUAGCCUACACUAUUCAUAAGAAAAACCCCACAGCGAAACUGAAAAUUAACUUAAAGGGUAUUGCUAUUGGCAAUGGUUUAAGUGAUCCUAUCCACCAGCUUCUUUAUGGCAAGUAUUUGUAUCAAAUUGGUCUUAUAGACUGGAAUCAAGCUAAAAUUUUUGAAGAAUAUGAAAACAAAGUUGUUGAUUACAUUAAAAACCAAAAAUGGGAUGAAGCUUUUAAUACUUUUGAUACUCUUUUAAAUGGAGAUUUAAUUGGUAAAAAGAGCAUCUUUUACAAUAUGACUGGAUUUGAUUUUUACUUUAAUUUCUUGCAUUCUAAAAACUACAACGCUGAUGAAGAUUUUGGUCCUAUGCUUCAAAAGAGUUAUGUGCGCAAAGCUAUUCAUGUUGGAGACUUACCUUUCCAUAAUGGCACUAUUGUUGAGCAGCAUUUGAAACAAGAUGUCAUGAAGUCUGUGGCACCUUGGAUAUCAGAAUUAUUGGACUAUUAUAAUGUAGUUAUUUAUAAUGGACAGUUAGAUAUCAUUGUUGCCUAUCCUUUGACUGUUAAUUACUUGAGAAACCUAAAUUUUACGGGCUCUCAGGACUAUAAGACAGCAAAGAGGUUUAUUUGGAAGGUAGACGGGGAUGUGGCAGGGUAUGUGAAGGAAGCUGGAAAAUUGGUGGAAAUCUUAGUUAGAAAUGCAGGGCACAUGGUGCCAGGAGACCAACCAAAAUGGGCUUUAGAUCUGAUUACUAGACUUACUCACGAGAAGACUUAUGUUGCAUCCUCUAAUUCUAAACAUUUUCAUAAUCAUAUUUAGAUUCAAUAAGUUUGUGGUGAAUUUAAUAUUGUGUUGUUUAUUAAGAUUACACACUGACCCCUGUGUGACUCUGCAGUCUUCAUAUUAAUAAUUUCUAUGUACAAAUCAAAUGCACUAGCUCCAUUGUGCUUGGAGUGUGGAACUUGUAUUUGUUAUCAAUGUCUUAUUUUAUACUUUUGUUGAUGUGUAUAACACAGUACAGAUUUUUGUACAUGUUAUGGCUGUGUUUUGACUCCCACACCACUCUUGUUACAUAUUUG